AUGACUACGAUCCGCCUCGACGUCAACCUUUUCAACGGCAAAGAUGACUCGGUGAAGAGGACGAACUGUGUUCCUUUGAAGGAUUUUGACAUAAGUGACAAGAAGCUUUCCGACGUGCGAUCAGUGCUUAUUAAAAACGGUGGCUUGGAUGCCAGCAAGGUCGGAUGUUCAUUUUGCUCGCCUUCCGGAGCUCUAGUCAAUGAUGCUUCAUCCUUCUCGGAUUAUGUGGAUAUUAUAUCGGAGGGAACAGAGGAGAAGGAGGGCGACGACCAGAAAAAGAAGAACACCUACAAUGUCUACAUCUACCUCAAGAGCAAAAAGACCACCACUGGCCUGAGUGACGAGGUCAAGGAGACUCUCAAAAAAGAACUCAAUCUCAAACUCAGUGUAAGUUUCGGAAGCACUGCGUACAUGUGUGUUGAGCUGACCAUCCAGGAUAAACCGGAAUUGCUCAAAACAUCUCUAGACCAGCUCACCAGCUCUUUCAACAAGGCCGACUGGGUGGCGGAGGCUAGCGAAAAUGCUACUAACCCCUCCGAUAUGUCGGAGAAAGAGUGGAAUGUUGUCAUCCGCAACAAUAGCCUCACAAGCGCUUCGCGAUUGGUGUUUUCCAAUCUGGGCCGAGCAUCAGAUGGAAGUAAAAAGCUGAAAUUCCGUCGGAUCGAACGUGCACCAUACAGUGCCUUUGUGUUGAAGCCGAGAAAGUUCCAGCCGCAUGAAAUUUCGGAUUCAGAGGUCAAGAUUGAGCAACAAUUCCAUAUCCCCCGGUUUGUUGUGGCAGAUGAUUCGUACGUGGACACGUUUGAGACUAAAUCGUCCGUGGCAACAGCCAUGGCUCGCAGCUCCUUCUCUUCCAUCGAGGCAGAAGCUUCUCUUGAAGGAGGAGCGUUUGGUUUCAGUGCCGCUAUCAGUGCUGGCUUCUCCUCGAGUGAGAGCUCUGCGUUGAGCAAGCAGAGUACGGCGGAAAGCAGCACGAUGAACAUCACCUACAAUUUCCCUCGAGUGGUAUUGCAUUUGGAUGAGUACAGUUUGGACUUGUCAGAUGAAUGUAGCCAGGAUCUUGUCAGGGUCAAGGACGUCAACUCUCUGAUUGCCUUUCACCACAAAUACGGCCACUUUUUCGCCACGCGCAUCGAGCUCGGUGGGAGACUCUUUUCAUCAGAAAAGUUCAGUACGCUGGGUACAAGCAGCGAAAGUGAAGCUACCAAGCAAAUGAAGAUCUCAGCUAGUGCCUCAUUCUCAUCCACGUAUGUGUCUGGUAGUGCCAGCUACAGCCAGGAGAAUGCACAGUCGGCACAAGAUAGCAAUUCCAAGCGGGCUUUGCAGGGUUCGAUCUCCUGGCAAGCCCAGGGUGGUGAUACGCUUCUUUGCAAUAAGCAACAAGAAGACGUCAUCCCCCUUGGGGACUUCAUAGGCCGGAUACCCGGCUACGAAGAUAUUCCUGAAAAGUUCAACAAACUAGCUGAAAUCACUAGGAGGAAGGAGACGAUCAGCUUCCGGCUUGGGCUAGAUGAAUGGCAACGCGCAGACAAGAACAAGCCAGAGUAUCUAUCCCUCCAUCACGCGUGGAUGAUUCGCCAGGAUGUUGCUCAGUGGUGCGCCAAACGACUACUGAAGGAAAUGAAGGAGAGAGGAAGGCCUUACACUCUAGCCGAGUUAUCCAACUGGGCGAAUCAGGCAUUGCCUUCCGAGGUCCAGGCACUCUAUGAUUGUGGUCACCCUGGAGUGACAUUUACAGACAACAGUGACGAAACUGUAUUUGACGUUGAGGUUGAAACCCUCAUGAACCAAGCUCCAGCCCUCCAAUACGGACAGCGAUACCAUCUCUUUAACCGCAAAAGGGGCCUGUGGCUACGCGCAAUCAACGUCGAUUGUAUAGAGACGGUAACGUUGUUGGCUGCUGGACCGAAGCACGAGGCGACACUAUUUGAAUUCCGCGACAAAGACCGAGAGGGACCCAUGCGUAAUGGAGAUAAGUGCUGUCUGUUGGUGUACGGACCAGAUGGCAAGCAGAAAGGUAUUGUGGCAUUGUCGUUACGGGGUCUAAACCCAGAUGAUGGCGCGGACGGUUCGAAUUCGAUUGGAGCAUUGCCAUACAGUGUUCCGAAUGAAGGUCGUAUUCGCUUCACAGUUCUUGAAAUGGCACUUGGGGAAUAUGAAGAGCGAAAAUACGAUAUCUCAUCCAGCAAUUCAAACACUUCAAGACAUCCGAAGCAAUUCAAACCCACUUUCGUUAUACCUCGCUAUAAGCAGCCCAGAUACAAUUUCAACUCACUCACAAUGAAGUUCACUACCAUUUCUCUCCUUUUGGCCGCUAGUAAUGCCCUGGCUAGCCCCGCGAACGUCCGAAACGAAUCCUUGAAAAUCUCCGAGUUCACAGCGAACGCCUCGAAGGACGGCAUGGCUAACUUGCACUUCUCUCUCACCGACCCCAACUACCCUGAUGACACCCCGACUGACUGCAACGUUAUCUGGUCCUGGAACGCAGUGCCCGACGAGAAUGCCCGCUGCCUCGGCGGCAACUACUAUAUCCGGUUUCCUGAUGGAAUCAACCAAUUCAGCCAAUGGACCAUCGAGCUCGAACGCGUUUCUGGCCCGAUCAAAGAGAUUGGCCAGGCGUCGUUCAGCGACAGUGCUCCUGACACCAAGUGGCAGUGCAAGGAAAACCCAAUGGAUGGGGUUAUAAAGCGCUGCUACUAUAAUGGUAUUAUGGAGGUUAAGGUCUAA